AUGGCCGGAUCGCAGUUGAAACAGCUAAAGGCUGCGCUUAAAGCCAAAGGGUUGGUGGGCCAGACAAACGUCAAGCGGAAAAACAGAAAAGCCGCUCCGUCAGAGACUCGGAAAGACACCGAACAGAAAAAACAGGAAAUCUCAAGAAUCAGAGACGAUUUCAACCAGUUUGACAAUCGAGUCAACAGAGCCAAACAUGACUACACGGUGAUUCAAGGCGGAAAAUUCGUCAAGGCCGGAUCGAAGCAGCAUAACCAAGUGGCACGCAGCAAGUCUGGCGUGGAAAAAACCUUAGAGUCGGAAUACAGUGCUCUCCAGAAAACCAAAGGGCGGGCCGGAGGCUUGGUGGACCGGCGUUUCGGUGAAAAAGACCGGCACUUGACGGAGGAAGAGAAGAUGUUGGAGCGUUUCACACGCGAAAGACAGUCGAGCUCGAAGCGUAAUGUCUUUUCGUUGGAGGAAAGUGACGAUGAGUAUGAAGAUGAUGGUUUUGCGCUCACACACUCGGGAAAAGAGAUCAACUUCGACCAUUUUGAGGAAAGCGACUUGGGAGUGGCGGCACCAAAGUAUGUGGAUGAGGACUCGAUCCAGCCUCCACGGAAAAAGACCAAGAAGGAAGUUAUGGCUGAAGUCAUUGCCAAGUCUAAAUUCCACCGCAAAAAGCGCCAGAUGGAGUUUCAGAAAACGCAGGACGAAAUCCUCGAUUUGGACGAGGACUUUGCCGAUGUUUUAGGCGAAAUCCGCAGUCUGAAGCCAGCACAAUCGGGCAUAGUUCCGAAAUCGGCUGAAGAUAGAGAGUACGACGCCAAGGUGCGCGAGUUGACAUACGAAAGACGUGCUGUGCCGGCUGAAAGGACAAAGACAGCAGAAGAAAUUGCCGCAGAACACAAAGAAAAGAUGCAGAAAUUAGAGGCUGACAGAUUGAAGCGGAUGAGUGGCUUUGAAGAAGGAGCAGCCGAAGCAGAUGAUUUGGACGACUUUUGGGCUGGAAGUGACGAGGAAGAGGAAGGAAGUGGAGGUGAAGACGAAAAUGGCGAUGAAAGCGGAAACGAAAACGAAAACGACGAUGAGAGUGACAACGAAGGAAGAAAACUUCUCGCUUCCCGGAGAGCACGGGCUGCUGUUUCCAUGCCAGAAACCCACUCGCAAUUACUAGAUCAGCUUUCAUCCGUGGCACCAGAAAAAGUCAUUAGUCACAUCGAAGCAAUUGCCCAGGCAUAUCACCCUCGACUUGCGGAAGGUAAUAAAGAUAAGAUGGAUGCUUUCGUUGGUCUUCUCUUCGAGCAUAUUUUAUACUUGGCCAACCAGAAGGAAACACCCGCAUCUUUGGUUAGUGAACUCACCCAGUACUUGAGAAAGAUGGCACAGCAGUAUAACCAGGCCUUGGUGGAAACUGUAAGAGAACAGCUUGAAAGCGUCGAAGACCACAUUGUCUCCCGGCAGCUUGAAAAAAGCGAUUUAGUUUUCUUUGUCGUGUUGGGUUACGUUUUCUCUGCGUCGGACCAUUUCCAUUUGGUGAUUACACCGGCGCUCUUAUUGAUGAACCAGUUUUUGAGCAGCUGUAUCGGUGCCGAGAACACACCGCAGCAUUUGGGCCAGGGCUUAUUUUUGUGCGAUCUUCUCUUGAGUUACCAGUUUUUUUCGAAGCGCUAUAUUCCAGAGAUUGUGAAGUUUGUGGAAUUCACGUCGUUAGCAUUGGUUCCAGAGCCUUUGAAAGUUGGCCAGACCGUUUCUUGCAGAGCAACAAAGAGCUCAUUGAGCUUACCAAAGUCAUUCCGUCCUGAGGUUUUGCAAGAUGAACCACUCAAGGUGCAAUCUCUUUUCGAAGCCGUAGAUGAUGAACUGAGUUUCAAGUUUCUUUUAUUGGGAAAGGCUGUGGCCAUAAUGGACCGCUGUGUGAGUACAUGGAUGGAUAAAAGUUCGUUGAUUGAAAUUGUCGAAUCUUUCGGUCACCUUUUGAAACACAUGGCCAAGUACUACAGUGUUGAACUUCCGAAGUUGGCGUCUACAUUGACCCGCUUUAGCAACAUCGAGCGGAACCAGCGCCAAAGCAGAAAACCUUUGAGAUUACAAGAACACAGACAGUUGGCUAUCCAGACAUAUGCACCAAAGUUCGAGGAAAACUUCAAUCCCGACAAAAAGUCAUACGACUUGAACAGAGAAAGACAAGAGGUCAACAAGAUGAAGGCCCAGUUGAAGAAGGAAAAGAAGCUGGUGAUGAAGGAUCUCCGGAAACAGACACGUUUUGUCGCGAGACAGCAGAUUUCCGAAAAGAAGAAGAUGUACGGCGAAUACCACCGCAAAAUGGCCAACAUUGUCAAUUCCAUUUCGACUGUGGAAGGUGCCGAAAAAAACGAGUACGAAAGAGAGAAGAAAAGACGCCAGUCCAAGCGCUGA